CUUGAUUCGUGGGUCAGUCAGCCAAAGCUGGCUACGGUACAAGUAGCUCGAAGCAGACAGGUUGAACAAUAGUCUGACAGGCCAGAGCGAGUAUAUAAUAGACGAUGAGACAUACAAGUCGUCAAUUCGCCUGCUCAGUCAAAUCACCCACCAUGUCUGCUACGACUACUACAACAGCAGCAUUGGCGAGUUCCAGCUGCUCAGCAGAACUCUAUGAGAUACCUGUUCACAACGCCGCAUGCGCCAUGCCGAUAGCGUACUCGAAUUCCUCCGCGAUCAUGAAAAGUUGCUGCUCCUCAGCUUCUGUCAUCACCUAUAGCGACUGCGAUUACUACUGCCUUGCAGUGGGUCAAACCGUGGGGGAGCUGGCGGAAUGUCUUAUCGCGGCCUCCGAAGCGGGCCAAGUUUGGUGCAAUUCCAAUGCAAAUGCAACUGCAGCCAGCAAGUCAAUCAGCUCCUCAACAGGAACCUCAAUUGCCUCCAACACUGGAAGCUCUAAAACAUCGGCUAGCAGCUCAGGAUCUGUCCAGCAUGCUAAAUUGUCCAUUGCUGCUCUUGGCGUGAUUGGACUAUUUUUAUCUGGGUCGCUUUUGCAGUCAACUCUCAUUUGAGAGAUCAGGGUGAUUAUCUCCGUUGGUAUUGUGGGAUGGCAUGAAUUUAG